CACACACACACGUACAUUAAACGUCAAAAAAAAGAGAGAGAGACGUCAACGACGACAACACGGGUUACGUUUUUUUUUACAUCGGUAUAUUCAGUGUGUUUGUUUUUGGGUCCUUUUAGAAUCCUGUUGAAGUUGGUGUUGAAUGGAAACGGGGCCCCCAUCAUUCAUGGUACUAAUAACAACUUUAGAUUACGGAAAAUGUCGACAACAGACAGUGGGGAUGAAACAGAUAUUUCCAAAAUUAACGAACUCAGAAAUAUACAAAAUGUUAUCGCAUUGACUCGAGCUAAUAUCGACACCCUAAAUGCAAAGUUUGCGGAUAUUAGGCCACCCUCGUCUAUGUACUUAAAAGAAUACGACGAUUUAACCUGUAAAUUACAUGAAUUGGAAUCAAAAGAACGUAAAUUAUUAGAAGAAUUGAAUAAUGGUUCUGUUGAGUGCGAAUCGACAACAACGUAUCAAUAUUUCCCAAGACGUCCUGAAAUUGAUACAUUAUCCAAACAUAAAUUACUUAGAGCACAUUUACCAAAUCAACAACGGACGAGUGUGCAAGUUAGAAAAGGUCAAACGCUACGAGAGGCUUUAGCUAAAGCAAUGAAAUUAAGAAAUUUAAUUUGCGAGGUUUGUUGUGUGUAUGCGUUAGGUUCGGAGUUUCCCAUUAAUUGGGAUGUUGAUAUUUCUACGUUGGAUUGCGACGAGAUUACUGUCAAAGUUAUUGAUAAGUUUCCUAUUCCAACCACCAUCUCACAUAACUUUGUACGGAAAACGUUUUUUUCAAUCGUCUUUUGUGAGACUUGUCGGAGACUACUUUUUCAAGGGUUUUGCUGUCGAACUUGUGGAUAUAAGUUUCAUCAAAGGUGUGCUAAUGGUGUACCUUCAUUAUGUCAGAACCGUAUGACAGACGCAUAUUAUUGUGCAUUAUUAGCACGUACAAACGAUUCAAGCGCUGGUAUUCUUCACCCUGGCCGUGCAGAACACGCCUAUUUAGACCGUCAACGUCAUAGUGGUACCUUAGGCCAUCAAGAUCGUUCAAGUUCAGCUCCAAACGUUUGUAUAAACAAUGUCCGCGGAGUCCACGACGUCGAUUGCCCGCGAUCUUUAUCAUUAAAUCGCAACAACACCAACAACGACGGUGAAUCGUCCCCUCAUUGUAGAAGUACUCAAGCUUCCCCAACCGGUUCAUUGCAACCACGAAGACAGCGUGCGAGAUCGGCCGAUGAAAGCAAACCGCUUUUAGCGCCACGCGAGAGUAUCGAAGAUUGGGAAAUUUCGCCGGGUGAAAUUUUUAUUGGUCCUCGUGUUGGUUCGGGUAGUUUUGGAACUGUUUAUAAAGCUCAUUGGCACGGCCCGGUCGCUGUUAAAAUGUUAAACGUAAAAGAUCCGACGACCGCACAAUUACAAGCGUUUAAAAAUGAAGUUGCGGUUUUAAGGAAAACACGUCACGUUAAUAUUUUAUUGUUUAUGGGAUGUGUUAGUCAACCGAGUUUAGCAAUUGUAACCCAGUGGUGUGAAGGUUCAAGUUUAUAUAAACAUUUACAUGUAUUCGAAUCGAAAUUUGAAUUAACAACUUUAAUUGAAAUUGCGAGACAAACGAGUCAAGGGAUGGACUAUUUACACGCUAAAAACAUAAUUCAUCGCGAUUUAAAAUCGAAUAAUAUCUUUUUACACGAAGAUUUAACCGUAAAAAUUGGUGAUUUCGGUUUGGCAACUGCGAAAACUCGUUGGGCCGGAUCUAGACAAUUUCAUCAACCGACCGGAUCAAUUUUGUGGAUGGCCCCAGAAAUAAUAAGAAUGCAAGAAGAUAAUCCGUACAGUUUCCAAUCGGAUGUUUACGCUUUUGGGGUUGUUUUAUAUGAAAUGUUAGCGAUGCAACUUCCUUAUAGUCAUAUUAAUAAUAAAGAUCAAAUUUUAUACAUGGUUGGGAGAGGUUUUUUAAAGCCGGAUUUACACAAAAUCAGAUCGGACACACCAAAAGCGUUUAAACGUUUAGUUGAGGAUUGUAUUAAAUAUAACCGCGAUGAACGACCUUUAUUUAAACAAAUUUACACAUCUUUGGAAGGGUUUUCAAGGAACAUGCCUAAAUUUCAUCGUUCAACAUCAGAACCGAACAUGUCGAGGGCUCAAUUACAAUCCGACGAAUUUAUUUAUGCUUGUGCUAGCCCUAAAACUCCCGUUAAUUUCGGCCCUUCAAGUAAUUUUUUAUUUUUAACGGCCGGUGUUGGUCCGAUUUAACGCAGGCUGUCAUAUAUUUAGCAUUUAUAAUUUUGUUUCUGAAGAAAAGGAGAUAAAAAAAAUUGGAAUAAAUCGAUGAAAAUGAUUCUGAGAGGAAAAAAGAAGAUUAAUAAAACAAAAAGUGUUUUUACCAUAAUUACCAUCAAAAAAAUUAAAUAAAAAAGAAUUAAUAAGAAGUAAAACUCGUGAUGACGGUUGUGAUCCAGUACAUACAAUGUAUAAAAAUUACCUAUUAUUAUUAAUUAAUAAUUAAUUAAUAAUUUAAUUAAUGAGAUUAAAGAUUUGAAGGGAAACGAUGACGAUUUUCUUGUAUUUUGAAACGGAGGUGUUUUUAAAAAAAGACUUUUUAAGUGGAGAUUGAGUCGAUGAGAACUCAGUUUUUCAGUUUCCUGAAGACUAUGCUAUGAUUAAUAUUAUUAUUGUAUUCGAAAUAAUGCAAACGGAAACAUAUUGUUUUGUUUCGUAAAUAAUAAAAAAUAUAUAUAAAACCAA